CAAGCAUCAUCGCCCAUCAGUCCAUCCUUCUCGCCCUGGUGCCGUCGCGGAAACAAAUAGCUACUAGCCAAGUCCAUCAUUGCUCUCUCCACUUGCACCAGCGGCCGUGCCAAGGCAACGGCCCGCUACCUGAUAGAUGACGGCGGCAGUAGGGCCACGGCGGCGCGCCCUCCGGCCAGCCGGACUCGGCUCGCUCUGCCACCGCCUCUGCUUUCGUUGCUUCCUCGCCGUCUUCCUGGUCGUUGCCUUCGCCGCCUCGGUCCCCGCCUCCGGCUCCGGGAAGGUGGUGACCAGCCUCCCUGGCUUCGACGGGCCCCUCCCCUUCCACCUCGAAACCGGGUACGUGGAGGUGGACAAGGACAACGACGCCGAGCUCUUCUACUACUUCGUCGGGUCCGAGUCCGGCGGCGCCGCCGCCCCUUUCCUCCUCUGGCUCACCGGCGGCGACCGCUGCUCCGUCUUCAGCGGUCUCGCCUACGAGAUCGGUCCCAUCAGGUUCGUCCUAGAGCCCUACAACGGCACGUUGCCUCGCCUGCGAUACAACCAAAACUCGUGGACCAAGGUGUCACAUAUCCUUUUUGUCGAUUCGCCGGUUGGGGCUGGAUUUUCCUUUUCAAGAGAACCUAAAGGCUAUGAUGUUGGAGACAUCUCAUCAUCACUGCGACUACAUGAUUUCCUCAUCAAGUGGUUUAAUGACCAUCCUGAGUUCCUUGCGAAUCCUUUCUAUAUCGGUGGAGACUCCUAUGCUGGAAAACUUGUGCCGUUUCUUGCGCAGAUUAUUUCAGAAGGUAUUAAAGCAGGAAGGACCCUUCCUAAUCUCAAGGGCUAUCUAGUGGGUAACCCGGGCACAGGAGAGAUUAUUGAUUUUAGCUCUAGAGUGCCUUAUGCUCACGGAGUUGGUAUUAUAUCAGAUCAACUGUAUGAGACGAUAUUGGGUCAUUGCCAAGGACUGGACUACAUUAACCCCUCAAAUGCGCUCUGUGCUCAGGCUCUGAAUACUUUCAACAAUCUAAUCUCCGAAGUUCAGAACGCCCAUAUUCUGCUAGACAAUUGCGUCUACGCAUGUCCUGCACCAAACAUUUACAGCAAGACGGACGGCGCAGAUGGUAGAAGGAUCCUACGGGAGGAGAAUGGAACAGGGAAGCUGAAUCACCCCCCAGCUCGCCCUCCAUUUGGUUGCAUUACUUACGGCUACUACCUGUCGUAUUUUUGGGCGAACGAUAGACGCACCCGAGAAGCUCUUGGGAUCAAGAAGGGAACUAAGAACGAGUGGGUGAGGUGCCAUGAUAAGGAUUUGCCUUACACAGGCGACCUCGGCAGUGUCAUCAAGUACCAUCGGAACCUGACGUCCAGAGGUUACCGCGCGCUGGUAUACAGCGGCGACCAUGACCUGAUCGUGCCGCACCUGGGCACGCAGGCGUGGGUCAGGUCGCUCAACUUCUCCAUUGUUGACGACUGGAGAGCGUGGCAUCUAGGCGGCCAAUCCGCCGGAUUCACGAUAAGUUAUUCAAACAACAUGACAUUCGCGACAAUCAAGGAUGGAGGGCAUACGGCGCCAGAGUACGAGCCGGAGAGGUGUUUUGCCAUGUUCAGACGCUGGAUACUCAACCGUCCACUGUAAUAAUCCAGUGAUAAUCUUGGUGGACACAUACUCAUGAAUUGCUGUGCUGGACAGUGGAGUAUACUACAAUUGGCAGGGAUGGAAGGAAUGGAUGGCUGUUAUGGAGUAUCCACCAUGUUUUCCUAGACAAUAUAUCUAAAAAUGAGUAUGGAUUUUGUGCGCAUAAGGGUAGAUGCCGACGCGCCAAUCCAACCACACAUGGCCGCACCAGCUUUGCGAUAUGUGAGCGACCUUAACCUGGGUCCAUAGUUAACCUCCACACAUGCAAACAGUACGUAAGCAGCCUAGGGUCUGUGCUUUCGUCGUUUCUCUUUAAUUUGAAACUUGUCCACUUUUUUGUCCCACUAUA